ACUGAGGAAGCUGUGACGUCGGAUGAUUUUGUGACGCUUGAGCGAUCAAUUGUUGAGUCUGUUGUGAAAAGGGAAACAUUGAAUGUAAAAGAAGUGGAUCUGUUCAAAGCUGUUGAUCGCUGGGCCACUAAAGAAGUGGAAAGGCAAGGGUUGACUCCUGAUGGCGAGGUCAAAAGGAGAGUUCUUGGAGAGGAAAUUGUGAAAGCAAUACGGUUUCCACUGAUGUCUUACAACGAGUUUGCUACUGUUAUCUGGGACUGUGAUAUCCUGACUAAAAGAGAAGUUGGUGCCAUGAUAAAACACUAUGGCGAUGCCAGUUUUAAGUGUCCUUUCAUCCAUUACCCCAGAUCUGGUAGGAUCGUACAUCGGUGUUACAGAUUUGCAUCGUUACAGUGUGCUUCUUGGGGCUACGGUGAAAGCGCCGACGCUUUUGGAGUAACUGUCAGCAAACCCAUCAAGUUACAUGGUGUACACCAUUUUGGCACUCAAGAUUGUUGUUACACAGUGUCACUAGAAGUAAAAGAUGCACUAAGUGGCCUCUCUCUUGUAAAACAAACAGGAACACACUUCGCUAUUAAAAAGAAAGAAGAGACAAACGGCUGUUACGUAUUUGAUGUCAUGUUUAAUCACCCGGUUCACCUUGAGCAAGAUAAACGAUAUGAAGUUGUAUCCCUUGUGAGGGGCGGUUCAUUUCGGUGGAGUGGUAGACCUGUAACAAAUCAUGUUGAGGUUCAAGGAGUGCAGUUUUCUUUCAGUCAGCCAGAUGUGGAUUGUGUCCAGUUUCCUGCACUUCUUUUUAGCUUACGGUAGAGUGAAAUUCUUCAAUGAGACUGUAAACUUCCUGCAUCGGUACAGGAAGUUCAAAGAUUUAUCUUAUCAUUGCUUGGAUAAGUCCCACGCUCCUAUUGUCAAUAAUACGACAACGUGUGAUAAGCCCGUGGGAAUGUUAGCAGCUCAGGGGACAACAUGAGUGAAACAAAAAUUGGACCUCGGUUGGCCCAAGUGUACCUUUACGAUUUUGUAUUAAAAGUUUAUUAGUCAAUUAGUCGUUAGUUUUUCCUAACACACCAGAGUGUUGUUAAAUUUGAAUUUUUGGGGAAGUUAGUUAUACUACUUUACAGACGGGUGGACCUGUAUGCCAAAGUAAUCAGUUUUUCUCUAUAUAAAUAUGGAAGGAUAUAUAAUGAUGUAUAUAUCUUGAAGAUGUUUAUACAAACUCCUUUCAUGUGUCAUUUUUUUUACUUCAAGAUAGCUGGUGAAUAACAAUAGAGUGAAUGUAAGAACCCUUUAGACCUCUAGGCCUUGUCCACACUAAUGCGUUUUCAAAAGUAUGCUAUUUCGUUGUCAUCGCAAACGCAUCGAUCGAUUCGUGUCCACACUAUCGUUUUGAUGCGUUUUCGAAUGUCCACACGUGUGAAAACGAUAGAAUUGCACGUCGUGAAAUAAGUUGAACUCUAUGCGCAUGCAACAAAUUAGUAUUAGUGUAGAGUCUGUGUUGCAGAAGUUUCUGUCAACUUCAGUUCAUAUCAGAGUAACAACUUUCGCCAGUUGUAGCUGGCAAGCAAAUUGAAGCAAUUUCAUACAACCCGCGGUAAUCUCGAGUACACGCAUGCGUGUUGCUGCUGAUUGGCUGAGAAAAUGGCGCGAGAUUAUUAGCCAAUAAGAGGCCAAGCAAUGGAAAACUAUAGUGAUCGUGAUGUAAAAUUACCGUGUGACUGACCAGGGUGAUAACUGGCUUUUUUCACCUCUCAAGAUUUACGGUUGUACCUUCAUUAAACGGCCACCCUCAUUUAAGUGGCCAGUACACGUAGUCAAAGUCCCGAAAUAGCUGUAGAAAAGAAUGGGGUAUUAAACCUCUAUUAAGCGACCGCGGCCACCUUUUGGUUUUCCCAACGAGAGUUCUCCAAUUGUUUUCACCUCUAUUAAGCGGCCAUCAAGCGUUUGAUACAGUCCGAGAUAGACGGUGACUAGCGAUUGUGGACCAGUAUGCUACUCCCGUCGCGCGUUUAAUUAAAAAUCAAGUGAUGUUUCUGGUAAAAAUUAUGCUCAUUUCUGACAAACCUCUAUUGAACAGCAAACAUUCAUUAAGCGGCCACUUGCCGGUACCCCGAGGGUUGCCGCUUAAUGUAGGCUCAACUGUAUUUAAUUGACAAUAUUUGAAAACCAAUGUAAUGGCUUCGUUCAGACUGUUCGUGAUCCUUUAGAGUGUAUACCUUACAGUGUGUCAUUUGAGUAUGACAAUGAACCAUUGCCCAAAAAGCAGUGUCAGCUUUUGAAGUAUUUACUAUGGUAAAUUUAAGUUUUUUUCCCAGUAUUUUGGCACAUCGUUGUUUCAGCUGUCAUAGCCUCGUUAUUUGUUACAAAGCUAUUAAGUCUUGGCAGAGAGGAAAUAUUUCGCGUGGAGUCAUUUUAUUAGACGUUUUUCUCUUCUGAUUCUCUCUGUUACAUGAAUGGUCGUGAAAUAAAAUAACCCGUGGUUCCAACUGACAGCAAAAGUCUCAUCUUGUUGGAUUCUGAUUCCUUAGCCGUAGCCUACGUGGCAACAUGCGUUUGAAGGGGAGUGGACUGGAAGGGCAUUGCGAACACAGGCUUACUUCCCUAUUCGCGCAUGCGGGUUGUUUUGGGAAGCCACGUUCAACGGUCAGCAUCAAAGUUAAUGAUUGCAAUUCUUUUCUAUGGAGUUGGAAUAAAAGACUUACGAGUAGAAAAAAACUGGAUAUUGAUAUCUUCCAUUUUCGGUUUUUAAUUUCCUGCCAGGAGCCGGUUUGAAUUUUAUGACGUCAUUGGCUUGCAGCGUUUUGUGCAUGUGAACGGCAGAUAGCGGGAACCAACUGAGGACUUGAAAACUGAAAAUGUGUUGGGUGGUGGAUUCCCAUAUGAAACGGGUGGGGAGCUCAUUGUGUCAUCAAGGAGCGGAUUACUUCUGGCGUCAUUUAGCUAGAGUGUUCAGGAUGGAACGCUCAGAAAUGUGCGUGAAGAAAUAACAAACAAAACUGAGCAGAAAAAAAGAACGAUGGAGCAAUGACAACGUCGUUUAUUAUAACUCUUAUUUUUGGCUUUAAAAUCGACAGCCUAAUAAGAGAUACAGUAAUUUCGAUUGCAGUAACGACGUUCGUAAACGCUUUUUUGCUCCAUCUUUAUUUCUUCUUGAAAAUGUUGCUACGGCCAUAUUGGUCUCUUUUAGGGGUUUAAUUCAAGCUUUCUGAUCAGAAUCCCUGCCCCUUUCACAUCGGAAUCAACCCUUCCCUCUCUUCUCCGGGAUGACGGUACGAUAUGAUAUGCGAGGAGAGAAGAACAUAAAAAAAAAUUCUUUCUUAAAAGAUAAUCUGCAUGGUUACUUUUUGUAUGUUCAAACCUGCGCGGACUGGGUUCUAGGUCGAGUCUAAUCCCAAACGUUCUGUUCUGUGAAGGAAAAGGUUUGAAGUUGUUGUGUUGUCUGGUCUUCCUCGAGGAAAUUAAAAGAGUUUCGAUGGCUACUUUUGAUGACAACUGGCAGACAAAACGUCCCACUAUAAGCGGGAGAACUAAAUUCAUUUUCAAUAAUGAAUUACUAAGCGAUGUCAAGUUCGUAGCUCCUGCGUCAAAUUGCGAAAGUGAAAGCCGGAAAAGUCAGAAGAGCAUUCCAGCCCAUAAGUUUGUGCUCGCAAUCAGCAGUCCUGUGUUCUAUGCUAUGUUUUAUGGUGAAAUGGCGGAGACUGCAAGCACUAUUGAACUGCCUGACUGUGAUUAUGAGAGUCUGUUGGAGCUGUUUCGUUACUUGUACAGCGAUGAAGUGAACCUAACCGGAAGUAAUGUCAUGCAGGUUCUCUACUUGGCAAAGAAAUACCUGGUACCCUCACUCGCUGAAAGAUGUACUGAAUAUCUUCGGGAACAUCUAGAAGCGUCGAAUGUGUUUUCCAUUUUGCCGCAUGCUCAGAAAUUUGGGUAUAAAGAUUUGGAAGAACGAUGCUGGAACGUAAUUGAAUGCCACACUGAGGAAGCUACGACGUCGGAUGAUUUUGUGACGCUUGAGCGAUCAAUUGUUGAGUCUGUCGUGAAGAGGGAAAGAUUGAAUGUAAAAGAAGUGGAUCUGCUCAAAGCUAUUGAUCGCUGGGCCAGUAAAGAAGUGGAAAGGCAAGGGUUGACUCCUGAUGGCGAGGUCAAAAGAAAAAUUCUUGGAGAGGAAAUUGUGAAGUCAGUGCGGUUUCCUUUGAUGUCGCAGAAGGAGUUUGCUUCAGUUGUUUUUGAUCUUGAUAUCCUUACUAAAAAGGAGACUGGUCUCAUGUUUAAACACUACAGUGAUGUCCACGUUAAGUCUCCUUUACCUUUUAUGGCUUCCCCUAGGAUUUGGCCCUUCCAUCGAUGUUACAGAUUUGUAGAAGUAAAUCCCCCACGAGUCAGGUCCGCUCCCUGGGUCCACAAUUGCACAACUCCUUAUACCCUUAAACUUACAGUCAACAAACCUGUCAUGUUAUAUGGAGUACAGCAUUUUGGCAGUGAAGGUGGCCAGUAUACAGUUUCAUUGAAAGUGAAAGAUACCAGAAGUGGCUGUUAUCUUGUACAACAAUCAGGAUCGCACUCCUCAGUAAAAGAUGAGAAACACGCUUUUUAUGGAUUUGAUGUCAUGUUCGAUUGCCCAGUUUCCCUUGAGCAAGACAGAGUUUAUGAGAUUGUAUCUAUUUCUAAGGGUCCUGUGUCAUGGUAUGGAGAAGAAAGAGAGGAAUCUGAUGAUUUUCAGGGAAUUCGUUUUUCAUUUGAUUUUACAGGUACUGGUUCAUCUAGAGGCGUAAUAUCUGCAUUUCUCUUAAGCCCAAGGUAAUUUUAGUUCAAGGUUACUGAUUUUUUCAUUAUUUGGUGCUACUCCUUUCAAAGGGAAAAAGCUGAAUUUUAGUUAAGCCUGUGAAUCGAAUUUUAGAAUCAAGAGAGGAGAAGUGAGAUUUACCUCUUUGAUCCUGAAUGAAACCCACGCAGAAGGCCUGUUCACUGGCUAUUUUUAUUAAGCUUUCAAAUCAAAAUAUUCUGAAGAGUUCAUUGGAACGAUUUUAAAGUUACGAGAAGUAAUAAUUACGUCGGAAAAGUUACACUUCUGCUAUUGCUGUCGAAACAACCCGAAUCAAACUUGCUGAAACCGCAAGUAGCCCAAGCUCACUAUUAGAGCCGGGAGUUCAAUGCCUUGUCAAGACUUAACAAAAAUCUCUAACAAAAAUCUAAUAGAUAUCUAGAAAAAUUUUUCUCGUUUCGCAAGUUUUAGUGCUAGCCACCCCGGAAAACACUUAUUAUGUUGUUAGUUUUAUUGUGACUGUUACUGUGGUAAAUACUGAAAAUUUCAUACAGAGUUCAGUGCCUAAUAAAGGUGUACACUUUUUAGCAAGCACAUUUGAGCUCCUAGGUGUUACGUGGUGAAAUAAAUUUGAUUGAUUGAUUGAUUGAUUGUAGGGUUCUGUCCAAAAUAAUUAAUUAGCUAAGAAACAGUGUAUAAAUGCACGAAUAUCAACAGAUGAUGUGACAUUGUUAUUCUACUCUGAUUCAUACGCGACUCUGAAAGUGAAAAAUCAAACAUCGCAGAGGGGUUGCGUUUCAAGGCAAAAAGGGGGAGACAAGUGGGGGGGGGGGGGGGGGGGGGCUUUCUCAAUAGUCAGUUACUUGUUUCCUAUGGAUGUUAUGGAUAGUUAUUUGUGACCAACCAGAGUGAAACAAUGGUAUCACGAAGAACAAAGGGAACAAAUCUUCCCGUUUGUAACAGCGCCUUGAAUUUUCAGCACAUCGCUGAAGCCUUAGAGCAACUUUACUUGACCCGUGAAACAGUUAAUAACAACUAGUACAAAAUAGCUACAAAAAAAUAAACAAAAGAAGACAACAGAAUUAGUGCAUAAUAGUGUGUAGUAUUCUACGACUUAUUUCACGGGUUAAGUAAAGUCACUCUAAGACCCAAAAAUGUGUUCAUUAUAACAGUCUUCGGGAUACCAUCAAGUGUUAAAUUCAUCAGUCGUGAGCUACUAUCAAUGAAUUCUAUGAUUUCAGCACAAACAAUUACAUGCCAUCUAUCAUACUAAAGGAUUUCAAGUAAUUAUAGAGCGAAUGCAUCCUACGGAAACGACUUUAGUGGUCUUGUUCUCACAUUCCUUGAGGUUGACAGAUAUGGGGGGGGGGGGGUACUCCCUUAUAUAAGCCAUAUAGGUAUGUGUGGUUUUUGGUCUGAAAACACUUAUACACUGUACCCAUUUUAGUCUGGAAUCGGGUAUCGUUUUCGAGGGAACUACGGGAUUGUAUGAACGUAGUUAUUGUUUCAAUUCCAAAUGAAUAAGAAUGCGAAUUCGAAAUGCAUUUGAAGAAUUGUUUUGUUUGCAGUCUAAUCUAAGUUAUGAUGACAUAAUUUCUGCCUAAAGGCCAGGUCUGAAAACGGGUAUGGAUUUUAGAAGUCUGGUCUGAAAACGGGUGUGGAAAAAGACAUUUUUUGGUCUGAAAUAGGGUCAGGAUUUGGAGAACCGAACGGUACACCCCCCGAAGAAUUCCCAGGAGUACCCCCUGAGACUGAUGAAGGAUAAUUUUAAUUAAUCACAAGAGUAUCUUGGAUAAUUAAUAGAUGUGCUCUACUAGUGCAAGUAUUAAAGUAGCACGCUCAUUAUUUUGUUCUUUAUAGGGCUUUUCAUUACGUUUCCACCUUGCCUGAGAGUUGGAAUUUCUGUAUUUAGUUACGAUAUUAAUGACUGAUUGUUACAAUCGUACACAAAUGCAAUUGUCUUUCAGUAUUCCCUUCUUUUGGGUGGUGGAGAUAUAUAUCAAUUUCUGCCGUAUUUUGAGAAAUGUUCUGUCAACUUCGAUUCAUUCAAGAGUAACAACUUUCGCCAGUUGUAACUAACAAUGAAUUUGAAGCAGUUUCACACUAUCCGGUGUAAUCUCGAGAAAACACAUGCGCGUUGCUUCUGAUUAGCUGAGAGAAUAUUAGCCAGUAACAGGCGUAGCAAUGCAAAACUUAAGUGAUCGUGUAAUUAUUUUACUUCUAAUGAAAACUGCCCUGUGAUUUAUUAGCAGUAUUGAGAGUAUUCGAAAACCAAUGUAAUCAUUUCGUUCAGAUUUCGUGAUACUGUCAUUACUGUGUUCAAAGAGUGUCAUACUUAGUUAACACUAUUUUCUUGUUCUAUAUUUAUUGUCCCUUUGUCUUGAAAACAUUUGAUGUCUUUGAAUGUCUUGUUUUCACAUAAACUAAAAAAGACACUUGUUCUUACACACGGCAUAUAAGAAUUUGUUUAAUGAAAAUUGCUUGAGUAUGAUAAUGAACCAGUUCAAAUACAAACAGCGUCAGUCUUUUAAUUCUUUUACCAUGGAAAAUUUAAGUUUUUAGCCAGUAUUUUGACAGACUUGGCUACUUAUUGAGUCUGUUCUCAUAAUCUUGUUAUUUGUUACAAAGCUCUCUUGCCAGAGAAAAAAUAUUUCGCAUGGAGCCGUUUAAUUAAGCUUUUUUCUCUCCUGAUUCUCUCCGUUACAUGAAUAGUCGCGAAAUAAAAUGACCCGUGGUUCCGACUUACAGCACAAGUCCCAUCUUGCUGGAUUCUGAUUCCCUAGUAGCCUAUGCAACAUGCGUUCAGGGCUGUCGCCAACUUUUUGACUACUUGUAGGCCUGGCUGACUUUCAUUUCCACAUAUCCUGAAAAUUGCACGCGCGACUAGACCUGAAUAGUACGCACUGACCUCACCAACACUUUGAGCUCUUAAGCUUUUUAGCUCACCCCAACAACGCAUAAUUUAUUACAAGCGGUAGACUGAUCAAACCAAAAAUCUGUAGACCCAGGCCUACAGGUCUUUGGGCUGGCUACCCCCUGGCGUUUGAAGGGGAAUGGACUGGAAAAGCAACAUGAACACAGGCUCACUUCCCUGUUCGUGCGUGCAGGUUGUUUUGUGAGGCCACGUUCAACUGUCAGCAUCAAAGUUAAAUUCCAGUUUUUUGUAUCGAGUUGGAAUAAAAGACUCACGAAUAGAAAAAAAAAAUGGAUAUUUAUAUCUUCCAUUUUCGGUUUUUAAUUUACCGCGAGGAGCCAUUUUGAAUUUUAUGACGUCUUGGCUUGCAGCGUUUUGUGAUCGGCAGAUACUAGAUAACGGGAACCAACUGAGGGCUUGAAAACUGAAAAUGACUGUCACGGGGUGAAACGGGUGGGGAACCCAUUGUCUCGUCAAGGAGCGGAUUACUCCUGGCGUCAUUUAGGGUGUUCUGGAUGGAGCGUUCAGAAAUGUGCGUGAAGAAAAACCAAAACAAAACUGAGCAGAACAAAAGAACGAUGGAGCAAUGACAACGUCGUUUACUAUAGCUGUUAUUUAGCUGUAAAUAAGAGAUACAGUAAUUUCGAUUGCAGUAGAGACGUUGUUCGUAAACGCUUUCUUGCUCCAUCUUUAGUUCUUCUUCAAGGGCGUCUACGGCCAUAUUGGUCUCUUUUGGGGGUUUAAUUCAAGUUUUCUGAUCAGAAUCCCCGCCCCUUUCACAUCGGGGUCAACCCUUCCCUCUCCUCUCCGGGAUGACGUUACGAGUGACAACUGACAUUAUACAGAAUAUCUAUAGCUAUGUAUAACAAUAUAGCUUUAUUGCUUAUACAGUAUACGUCAAUUUGUUGCAAUAAGUCAACACUGGAGGUUUCCUUCGAAAGAAGAGCCCGUAUGUUGAAGUUAUUUUACGCCUUUCAGUUUUUUAAAAAAAGAUUGUACUGCUGAUACACUGAACGAAUAAGAUGUGAAAUAGAAAAAAAUGAAAGUAACAAACAGUGUAAAAAAAGAAAAAUCAUGUUAUCAGCCUCUAAGGUAUACUAACAAGUUUUAGGGAGUUAAACGUAAACAAAUAUAGUCUUAUUAAAGAAUAUUUGAUAGAAUAAAAUUUCAAGCGGAGAAAAGUCAUAUUGGCUACUAGCUUUUCGUCCUGGGUUUAGGGUGUUCGUUUUUGCUGUUUUUUUUUUUUAGCUAGUGUCUAAUCCUUUAACUCAGUCUCUUGAAUUAAAAAGAAAAUCAUGAGGGAUCAGUUGUUAUGUUACAACUAUACAACAACCCACAAAGCUAUUUUUAUUAACGUUCAUUAUUUAUAAUUAUAAACCUUCCUGUGUUUGGAGGCAGUUGUUAUUCGUUACUCCCUCCGAAAAUUAUUGGAUUGAUUGGCUUUUCGUAUGCAUUUUUCUCUCUUAAAAGGCCUACUCUGGGACCUUAAGUCGCCGUAAUUUUAGGCGACUUAAGGCGAUUUAAGGCGACUUUAGGAAAAUUUGGUCAAAAUGUUGCGCGACUUAAGGCGAUUUAAGGCGACUUUAGGCGACUUAAGGAGAAAAAGGUGACAUUUAGGUGAAUUACAUGUUAGUGAAUAUGUUGCAGUUAAUUUUUAAUUUCAGUUAAUUUUUGGUUUUCCUUUGUUUUAAAUUCAUUAGCAUACAUAACCAUACCCAGAAACGAUGGAAAAAUAAAAAUUAACUGAAAUAAAAAUGAACUACAACAUAUACAAAAUCAAAAUCUGAUAACACUACCUCUCUAGGGACACAAUGUUGUAGCAUAAGUUAAUUCAGUCUUGAAGACAUCUACAUUAGUCUUCCAAAUUUUCAACAAUCUCAGCUACCUAAUAUUUUGAACAUUAAAUAUCAAGGUAGCUUGUGUUGCAGGUGUAUUCUAACCGUGGUUAGUAACAUUUGAUCCUUGUUCUGGGCCCUGAUGCACUAAAUGAAUUACCAGCAUUUUGAGUUCCCCUUCAACAUGAUUGGCAAAUGGACAAUGGCACUUUUAACAGUCCAGUCCUGGCAUGUUCUCUAAUCCUGAUACACACACAGGGAGCCCAGAACUAGGAUUUUGCCACUGUUUUGCAGAUGUACUUAACCCAGAGUUUAGUCCCAUCUGUGGCACAGGCUAAUAUCAAGGGUGUUGAUUUAGUAUUACAUUAGCAGAGACAAAAUCUGAGUUAGAAGCAACCAAAAGAGUAAAUUUUCUCUUGGUCUUUAAAUGCAUUAUUUCAUAAUAUAAGGGACAAAAAGACACUGGUUCCUGCAUUUCUUUUUCCAAAAAAUAAAACCCUAAAAGUAGAGUAUUUCAAUACAUCUCUGUAAAAUACUGUGAGCUGGUUUGUAGCAAAAACUUUAUGUUGAAGUGUCUUUUUUCAUAAUUUGACAACAAACAUUUAAGCAAUUAAUUUAAAACAUCUAAAGUCACUUAUCGAUAUCGCACAUUAUGGAAAUGACGAUCCCCAUUGUAUGUCUUGGCAGUUGCUCUGCCAAUGUUUGUCCCCACACGUUUGGCUAAGAGGAUGUUUUUCCAAUUGAAUUCAAAACAAAAAGUUUGUAGUUCUCGCCGUAUAUAUAUUGCUCCGUUCCUGUCUCAGUCAAACAAAACACUUCCAAAUACUUGCUUCGCUAGUGAACCGUACUCUCUUAUCCAUGGUCUCUCUGGAAACUUUCCAGUCGGGUUGAUUUCAUGAGUGCAUUUAUGCACCAGCAGAAACAACUAAGCUUGGAAGCUUAGCUUCAACCGACCUCGCUCGGUCUGUUCCACGCGGCAGCGUUUACGCUCUCAGCAAAAAAGGAAGCAUUAUGCGUCAUGUUUAAACCGAUGGCAGUACCAAGUGUAAACGUUUCCAUUAUUAUGUCAGAAAUUUCCAUUUAAAAGGAGAUCUUUAAACGAAAACGCGAGGUACAACAUUCUAUCCGCCAUUUUGCUUCUCCCAGAAUUCCACUGCAGUCGCAAGCUAAUUUCCAUGGUUUCUCGGUCCCGCCCACUCCCCGCCUCCAGACCAGUUAGUCACGUGAUCAAAAAACACUACUUUCUGGGCGGCCAUAACGUGGAGGAAAGAACAGUAUUAUUUCGCUUUUCUACGUUCUUCAUCAAUAAUGGUCGAUUACAUCAAAUCGUUUGGCAGGGAGCAAUCACGACAACCUAAACAAAGAGCAGUAUUACGCACCUUCGAUGUACAAAGCUUGAAUUUCUGUCUGGAAGGGAAGACCUAAAGAGACGACUGUACAAGCUAAGCUAAGUGUUCAAGUUUGUAGGAGUGAUUGUGUUUCUGUCAAUGAUAGAUGGAUAUAAUUCGACGGUAAAUACAGAUCAGAGGUUGUGUGCUGGAGAAAAAACUUAUCAUUAGUUGCUCUUAAAAUCUGGGUCGGUAAAUUACAUGGACACUUUUUUCGAUUGACCUUUAGACUUUUAUUAACUACCAGAAAAUUUAGAUUAAUGUUGUGGCGGCAAUAAUUGUUUUUUUUUCUCCCUUCAACCUACCUGUAUUGAUCUUAGUUACUGGAAAUGUCUUUCAAUGUUGGACUCUCACAAAGCAGUAGAAAACAGUUUUAACUAUAAAAUUAUUUUGUUCAGGGUGCAAAGAAAGUCAGCUUUACAGCUUGCCUAGCAUACACUAGCCUGAAAGCCAUUUUGACUAACCCCAAUUUUUUUUAUGAAUGGGACUGAUUACAGUUCUUCUGUAAACUGAAUUCCCUAAAAAACUUUACUUGCCAGCCAGACAAGUUAAAAACGCAGUUCACUAGCCUAAUCAUAAAAUCCAGUACCCCAGGGCUAUUGCCUGGACACUACUUUGUCUACUCUCUUUGCACACUGUUUAAUGUAAUUUAGCUAGAACUUGAACCUUUGAAUGCCUUUCUAAACAAUAUUUUUACUCAGAAAUAUGGGACAAAACUCCCGGAUGAAAUUAAUAAAAUACCUGUACAAGUGACUGGAUAAAGUUGUGUACUAUAUGUUGUCAUUUUUGCAUAAACAAUACAGGAAUGAUUAUUCUUGUAUUGCUUAUGACUAAUUAUUACAUGUAGUAAAUUGUGUAAAGUAAUUAAAUGUAUAAAUUAGAGGGCUGGAGAAGAAAUUAAUGGGUCUUAAGUCACCGUGGGAGUUUUUUUGUGGGGGGUGGGGUGGGUCUGUGGCUAAUAUUAUUGAACACGGGUUAUUACACACUUUAUGAGAAAUCAUGCUUUCUGGAAAUAGAAAACUAAAAAAGUAAUAACUACAAGACAAUUUGAACCUCGUUAAGAUUUGAAUGAUUUAGUGACUUAAGGAAACUAAAGGCGACUUUAGGUGACUUAAGGCGAUUUUAGGCGACUUAAGGCGAUUUUAGGCGACUUAAGGCGAUUUUAGGCGACUUUGGGCGACUUUAGGUCCCAGAGUAGGCCUCUUAAAAGAUAAUCUGCAUGGUUACCUGUGCGGACUGGGUUCUAGGUCGAGUCUAACCCCAAAGUCUAGCUAUCCCUAGUUGACUGCGUGUUCUGUGAAGAAAAAGAUUUGAAGUUGUUGUGUUGUCCAGUCUUCCUCGUGGAAAUUAAAAGAGUUUCGAUGGCUACUUUUGAUGACAACUGGCAGACAAAACGUCCCACUAUCAGCGGGAGAACAAAAUUCAUUUUCAAUAAUGAAUUGCUAAGCGAUGUCAAGUUCGUAGCUCCUGCGUCGAAUAGCGAAAGUGAAAGCCGGAAGAGUCAGAAUAGCAUUCCAGCCCAUAAGUUUGUGCUCGCAAUCAGCAGUCCUGUGUUCUAUGCCAUGUUUUAUGGUGAAAUGGCGGAGACUGCAAGCACUAUUGAACUGCCUGAUUGUGAUUAUGAGAGUCUGUUGGAGCUGUUUCGUUACUUGUACAGUGAUGAAGUGAACCUAUCCGGAAAUAAUGUCAUGCAAGUUCUCUACUUGGCAAAGAAAUACCUUGUACCCUCACUCGCUGAUAAAUGCACUGAAUAUCUUCGGAAACAUUUAGAAGCCUCCAAUGUGUUCUCCAUUUUGCCGCAAGCUCAGAAAUUUGAGGAUAAAGAUUUGGAAAAACGAUGCUGGUACGUAAUUGAAUGGCACACUGAGGAAGCUGUGACGUCGGAUGAUUUUGUGACGCUUGAGCGAUCAAUUGUCGAGUCUGUCGUGAAGAGAGAAAGAUUGAAUGUAAAAGAAGUGAAUCUGUUCAAAGCUGUUGAUCGCUGGGCCACUAAAGAAGUGGAAAGGCAAGGGUUGACUCCUGAUGGCGAGGUCAAGAGAAGGGUUCUUGGAGAGGAAAUUGUGAAUGCAAUACGGUUUCCACUGAUGUCGUACAACGAGUUUGCUUCAGUUGUCUUGGAUUGUGAUAUCCUGACUAAAAGAGAGCUUGGUGCCAUGAUAAAACACUAUGGCGAUGCCAGUUUAAAGUGUCCUUUGCCUUUCAUCCAUUCCGUCAGAUCUGACUCGAUUGUACAUCGGUGUUACAGAUUUGCAUGGUUACAGUCUGGCUCUUGGCACUACGUUGGUAACGCUGAUGCUCUUGGAAUAACUGUCAGCAAACCCAUCACGUUACAUGGAGUACAGCAUUUUGGCAGUGAAGGUGGUAAUUAUACAGUGUCAUUAGAAUUAAAAGAUGCACGAAGUGGCCUCUAUCUAGCAAAACAAACAGGAACACACUCUUCCGUGAAAAAUGACAUACACAGCUAUUACGGAUUUGAUGUCAUGUUCAAUCACCCAGUUCACCUUGAGCAAGAUAAACGAUAUGAGGUUGUAUCCCUUAUCGAGGGCCCAUCAUCGUGGCGUGUUAGCGGUGGAAAAAAUCCUGUUGCGGUUCAAGGAGUGCAGUUUUCUUUCAGUAACUCAGCUGCUUCCACUAGUGGAACUUGUGUGGAUCAUGGCCAGUUUCCUGCAUUUCUUUUCAGCUUACGGUAGAGUUAAAUUCUUAAAUGAGACUGUUAAUUUCCUGCAGUGGUACAGGAAAUUCAGGGAUGUCUUUUAUCAGUACCUGGAUAAAUCCCAGGCUUCUAUUGGCAAUAAUACGAAAACUUGUGAUAAGCCUGGGGGAAUGUUAGGUCCAGUUCAGACGUCGUGCUUCUGCCAUGCCGAACUUAAUUGUCAUUCGGUUCGACUGUAGCACGGCAGCAGAAAAACUUUGAUUCAGACGUCAUGCCAGAGUCGAACCAAAUUCAGGAUUUACUGAUGCCUCGUAACAAUUCUCCUCCUAACUCCCCGUGGGAACGCAAUCUCGCCAAAAUGCAUUAAUAUAAUCUAUGAAUUUUGCUUAGCGCGGUAGAAGCACGACGUUUGAAUCGCUGCCGUGCCAGAGCCGUGUAGCACGGAAGCGCUUGUUGAACUGAAUUGCUUGCCGAACUUAAUUCAAAAGUUUGAUUCAGACGCCGUGCUUCUGCCGUGCUUUUGUCGAACUUAAUUCCUGAAUUUAGUUCGGCACGGCAGAAGCACGACGUCUGAACUGGGCCUUAGUAACUCAGCGGACAACAUGAAUGAAACAAAAAUUGGACCUCGGUUGGCGCAACUGUAUCCUUAAGAUUUUGUGUUUUAAGUUUAUUAGUCAUCUCUUAAUUUUGUCCUAAAACCCUGGAGUGUUGUUAAGUUUGAGUUUUAAGGGAAGUUAGUUAUACUAUAUCAAUUUCAGCUUUCAGUUUGAAUGUCUCAUGUUUACAGAAGGGUGGACCUGUAUGCCAAAGUAAUCAGUUUUUUCUCUAUACACAUAGGGAAAAAUAUCAUUUGAAAUAUCAUGAUGAUGUUUAUACAGACACCUUUCGUGUGUUAUUUUUUCACCUGUAGAAAGCUGGUGAUUAACAAUAACAUGAAUGCAAGAACCUUUUAGACUUCUAGGCGAUUUCCACACUAAUGCGUUUUUAAAAGUAUGCGAUUUCGUUCUCAUCGCAAACGCAUCGAUUGAUUCGCAUCCACACUACCGUUUUGAUGCGCUUUUGACUGUCCACACGGUUGACUGAACGAUAGAAUUGCACGCUGUGACGUAAGUUGAACUCUAUGCGCAUGCAAAAAACACACGCGCCUGCGAUGUUUUUGAUGCGUUUUUGACCGUUUCGCGGGAAAAUCAAAACUUGGCGUAUUAGUGUAGUCUCUCCUAUGUGUUGCAAAAGUUCCUGUCAACUUCAGUUCAUAUCAGAGUAACAACUUUAGCCAGUUGUAGCUGACAAGCAAGUUGAAGCAAUUUCAUACAACCCGCGUUAAUCUCGAGUACACUGUUUUAACGUAUAUAACAGAGGCAUUCCUUUCCUACUGCAUGACAGAUAGGAAAACAACAGUUCAUAGAUCAGAACACCUUAGAUUUGAUAAAUUUGUCAGUGUUAUUCCAAUGUUAGUAUUUAUAUUUGAACUCUAAUAACUCUUCCACUACUUUUCCAGUUUGUAAAAAGGAAUGAAAAAGUAAUGCUCCCCCCUGUAUUUAUUAAAUUUUACAUCAACCCCCCCUCCCUCUUGUUGUCAUUUUCUCCUAUGCCCCCUCUAAUUUUCCAACCCCCCCUCUAGGUAAUUAUUGAUUAUUGUACAGUCCCUUAAUUAGCAAUAUUUGAAAACCAAUGUGAUAGGUUCGUUCAGACUGUUCGUGAUACUGUAGAGUGUAUACCUUACAGUGUGUCAUUUGAGUAUGGCAAUGAACCAGUUGUCCAAAAACCAGCGACAGUCUGAAGUAUUUACCAGGGUAAAUUUAAUUUUGUUCCCCCAGUAUUUUGAUACAUUUAAACACUCAUUGUUUCAGCUCUCAUAGCCUUGUUAUUUGUUACAAAGCUCUUAAGUCUUGGCAGAGAGGAAAUAUUUCGCGUGGACUCAUUUUAUUGAGCGUUUUUCUAUUCUGAUUCUCUCUGUUACAUCAAAGUUCAAAGUUAAAUUCCAAUUCUUUUCUUUCGAGUUGGAAUAAAAGACUUACGAGUAGAAAAAAACUGGAUAUUGAUAUCUUCCAUUUUCGGUAAAUAAGUUUUUAUUUCCUGCGAGGAGUCAUUUUGAAUAUUAUGACGUCAUUGGCUUGCAGCGUUUUGUGAACGGCAGAUAGAUAGCUGUAACCAACUGAGGGCUUGAAAACUGAAAAUGAGUGGGGUGGUGGAUUCCCAUAUGAAACGGGUGGGGAGCUCAUUGUCUCGUCAAAGACAGAUUACUCCUGGCGUCAUUUAUGGUGUUCACGAUCGAACGUUCAGAAAUGUGCGUGAAGAAAUAACAAAACUGAGAAGAAAAGAAGAACGAUGGAGCCAUGACAACGUCGUUUACUAUAGCUCUUAUUUGGAUGUAAAAUGGACAGCCUAAUAAUUUCGAUUGCAGUAACACGUUGUUCGUAAAUGCUUUCUUGCUCCAUUUUAAGUUUUUCUCGAAAGGGUGGCUAUGGCCAUAUUGGUCUGUUUUAGGGAUUUAAUUCAAGUUUUCUGAUCAGAAUCCCUGACCGUUUCACAUCGGAGUCAACCCAUCCCUCUCCUCUCCGGGAUGACGGUACGUGUACCAACAUUAAACACAAUAGCUAUAGCUAUGUAUAGCACUAUAGCUUUAAUGCUUAUACAGUAUACGUCAAUUUGUUGCAAUAAGUCAACGCUAGAGGUUUUCUUCGAAAGAAAAGCGCGUAUCUUGAAGUAAUUUUACGCUUUUCAGUUUUUUUUAAAAAUCUGUACUGCUGAUACGCUAAACCGAUAGGAUGUGAAAUAGAGAAAAACGAAAGUAACAAACAGUGUAAAAAAAGAAAAAUCAUGUGAUCAGCCUCUAAGGUAUACUAACAAGUUUUAGGGAGUUAAACGUAAACAAAUAUAGUCUUAUUAAAGAAUAUUUGAUAGAAUAAAAUUUCAAGCGUAGAAAAGUCAAAUUGGCUACUAGUUUUACGUCCUGCGGUUCGGGUGUUCCUUUUUGCUCUUUCGUUUCUAACUAGUGACUAAAAUCCUUUAACUCAGUCUCUUAAAUUAAAAAGAAAAUCAUAAGGAAUCAGUUUUUAUGUUACAAUUAUACAACAACCCACAAAGCUAUUUUUAUUAAAGUUCAUUAUAAGCAGCUUGACAAGAAACUCAAAGGCCUCCUUGUUUGGAGGCAGUUGUUAUUCGUUACUCCCUCCGAAAAUUAUUGGAGUGAUUGGCUCGUCUUCUCAUGCGUUUUUCUUUCUUAGAAGAUAGUCUGCAUGGUUACUUUUUGUUCAAUGUUUGAUCUUGGUGGUCUGUGGUAUGUUCAAACCUGCGAGGACUGGGUUCUAGGUUGAGUCUAGCCCCAAAGUCUCGUGGUCGACUCCGUGUUCCGUGAAGGAAAAAUUUUGAAGUUGUUGUGUUGUCUGAUCUUCCUCGUGGAAAUUAAAAGAGUUUCGAUGGCUACUUGUGAUGACAACUGGCAGACAAAACGUCCCACUAUCAGGGAGAGAACCAAAUUCAUUUUCAAUAAUGAAUUACUAAGCGAUGUCAAGUUCGUAGCUCCUGCGUCGAAUAGCGAAAAUGAAAGCCGAAAGAGUCAGAAGAGCAUUCCAGCCCAUAAGUUUGUGCUCGCAAUCACCAGUCCUGUGUUCUAUGCCAUGUUUUAUGGUGAAAUGGCAGAGACUGCAAGCACUAUUGAACUGCCUGACUGUGAUUAUGAGAGUCUGUUGGAGCUGUUUCGUUACUUUUACAGUGAUGAAGUGAACCUAACCGGAAGUAAUGUCAUGCAGGUUCUCUACUUGGCAAGGAAAUACCUGGUGCCCUCACUCGCUGAUAAAUGCACUGGAUAUCUUCGGAAACAUCUAGAAGCGUCCAAUGCGUUCUCCAUUUUGCCGCAAGCUCAGAAAUUUGAGGAUAAAGAUUUGGAAAAACGAUGCUGGAACGUAAUUGAAUUGCACACGGAGGAAGCUGUGACGUCGGAUGAUUUUGUGACACUUGAGCGAUCAAUUGUCGAGUCUGUCGUGAAGAGAGAAAGAUUGAAUGUAAAAGAAGUGGAUCUGUUCAAAGCUGUUGAUCGCUGGGCCACUAAAGAAGUGGAAAGGCAAGGGUUAACUCCUGAUGGCGAAGUCAAAAGAAGGGUUCUUGGAGAGGAAAUUGUGAAUGCAAUACGGUUUCCAGUGAUGUCGUACAACGAGUUUGCUUCUGUUGUCUGGGACAGUGAUAUCCUGACUAAAAGAGAGCUUGGUGUCAUGAUAAAACACUAUGGCGAUGCCAGUUUAAAGUGUCCUUUGCCUUUCAUCCAUUCACUCAGAUCUGGCUCCUUUCAUUGGUGUUGCAGAUGUACAUCGUCACAAUUUUCUCGUUGGGGCUACGGUGGGAGCGCUGAUGCCCUUAAAGUAACUGUCAGCAAACCCAUCACUUUACAUGGAGUACAGCAUUUUGGCAGUGAAGGUGGUAAUUACGCAGUGUCACUAGAAGUAAAAGGUGCAGUAAGUGGCCUCUCUCUGGCAAAACAAACAGGAACACACUCUUCCGAGAAAAAUGACAUACACAGCUAUUACGGAUUUGAUGUCACGUUUAAUCACCCGGUUCACCUUGAGCAAAAUAAACCAUAUGAGGUUGUGUCCUUUAUUCAGGGUCCAUCAUCGUGGUGUCUGGAAGGUGGAAAAAAUCGUGUUGAGGUUCAAGGAGUGCGGUUUUCUUUCAGUAACUCAGCUGCUUCCACUAAUGGAACUAGUGUGGCUGCUGGCCAGUUUCCUGCAUUUCUUUUCAGCUUAUGGUAG